AUGAUACUCUUGAACUGUGAAAACCUGCUGAAACCUUUGAAAAACCCUUUGCAUAUUGUACAAGUCCUAGGGCUAAGAUUUCAAACAAAGUGUUACAUUCAUGGUAUCAACAUAAAUAAACCUGUACGGGUUCGGUUUGCUCCCAGUCCAACAGGCUCUUUACACCUCGGAGGGCUGCGUACCGCCUUAUUUAACUAUUUAUUAGCACGUAAAACAGGUGGUUCGUUUGUGCUGAGAAUAGAAGAUACAGACAGGAAAAGGCAUGUUCCGGGUGCCGUUGAAAGUAUAUUAACUACUUUGCGAUGGGCAAGUUUAGAUUUUGAUGAAGGUCCAGGAAAAGAUUCGCCGCAUGGUCCUUUUUAUCAGUCUGAAAGAACAGAACUGUAUAGAGAUUAUGCAGCGAGAUUAAUCAAAGUACUUAUAAAGAAUGCAGAGGGAUUUGCUUAUAGAUGUUUUUGUACAUCUGAAAGACUGAAAAAAGUUCGAGAAAUCGCACAAAUAUCCGGAACAAACGUUUUGUAUGAUCGUCAUUGCUUAUCUCUUGACAUGGCGGUAAUUGAAGAAAAUUUGGCCAAUGGAAUACCUCAUACAAUUCGACUUAAGGCAGUUCCUGAAGGAGUAAUCAAAGUGAAUGAUCUCGUCUAUGGCUCAAUUGAAGUCAGCGACAAAAAUAUUGAUGAUGCUAUCAUAUUAAAAAGCGAUGGAUAUCCGACAUAUCAUUUAGCUAGUGUGGUGGAUGACCAUUUAAUGAAAAUCACUCAUCCACCCCAAUUUGCACAUUUGCCUCUUUUAGUGAACCUUGAUAAAACAAAAUUAUCGAAACGUUCUGGGGAUGUUAGCGUGGAAAAUUUUAUGAGAAACGGAUAUUUACCCGAAGCUAUACUCAAUUUCGUGGCUUGUUUAGGAUGGUGUCCCGAUACUGAUAAAGAAAUAUUCACCUUAAAAGAAUUGAUUUUAGAGUUUUCACCAGAUCAGAUUGGACACUCUAGCGCUAGUGUAUUGAUUUCGAAACUUGAUUGGUUGAAUAAGGCGCAUAUGAAACGUAAAAUCGAAUCUACCGAGGGGUUGAAAGAACUUGUCAAAAUCUUAAAACCUCUAAUCCAAGAAAAAUUCUCCGAAGAAUUGGUUACUCGAGGAGAAAAAUCGAAACUAGACGAUGAGUAUCUUUCGAAAGUAAUCCUAACAAUAGGUGAUCGGAUAAGGAAACUCAGCGAUAUUUCAGAGUUAUGUGGGUAUUUUUUUAUAAGCCCAGAUUAUGAUUCCUCGGAUUCUCUUGCUUUUCGCGUAAAAAUCGGGGAGGAUAAUUUAAAAAUCAUUUCGAAAGCGGUUGCAUAUUAUUUGAAAGACCUUAAUACGCAUGAACGUAAUAAUCUCGAAUCGCUGAAAUUAUGCAUCGAUAAUGUUGCUAAGGAAACAGGCAAGACUCGUGAUAAGGUCUUAAUGAGCUUACGUUACAUAAUUACUGGCACUAAGGUUGGAGCAGGCGUUGUUGAAACAAUGUGCACACUAGGCGAUAAGAUAUAUAUGGAACUUGCACCAUUUCCACCACCCACCCUUGAAAACAAUUAA